CGCAGGGGGGUUAGCUGGUCUUGCUCGUGCAGGAGGAGGCGAAGUGAUCGCCUCCAACUCUGUGGGAAAUGCAGGGGGCGGGUACUUGGGCGGCGAAGGCGUAUAACCCGGGAGCUCUUCUCCCCCUUUCUGUCCUUCUCCUUGACGGACGGUACGUGAUGCAAGAGGUAGAGGACGGAGCUCGGACCAGUUUUCGGACUGCCGAGGGCCGUAGCCUAGUGCCUGCAGUGUUGUGGCUAGAGAAGGGUCCUGUGGUUGACGGCGUUGGCGGUGCCGGAAGAAGAGGAAGAGGAGGAAUGAGAGGAAUGUGCCUCCUACUGCGGGGAUGUUAGAAGGUUAUGGCAGGGAGGUUAUGGAAUGUGAGAGAGGGCGUACGGGCUAUGAGGAGGAGGGCUAGGGCUUACAUUAUUUGGGGACGAGUAACUGAAUUCCAAGAGUAAUAUGGUUGUAGACGUUGCUGAUGAGUAGAUGUUGGUUCUGGAUCGAUGGUCAAAUAG